GUCGUCAUCAUCAUCUUCGUACCCAAGAAGCACAAAAUAUUUCUCUCUGCCAUAUUUCUCAAAGUCUCUCUCUCUCUCUCUGUCAUAUUUCUCAAUGCGAAUUCCUUUUCUUCUUCUUCUUCUUCCUUUUUUUGCGAUUUUUCGAUGAUUUCUUAGAAUCUUGGGAAGAAAUUGUACUAAAGACAUCCAAAAAAGAAAAAAUCCACAGGUAAAAACCCGAAAAAUCGCCGUCCUCUUUCCGGCCAUUUUACCCAAAACCACCCUCCAUCCUCAAUCCCACGUUUUAAGCCUCACCCCUUCAUUUUCCGUUUUCUCUAUUCAUGUUCCGAUUCUCACCCAAAAAAACAGAGGAAAGAAUAAGGGGGGAAAGAUCAGCAGAAAGGGAGUGAAGGGUUAUCUUCUUUCACUAAUCUAUUAAAUCUGAAGGGUUUCUGCAGCCUCGAUGAAGGAGAGACGGUGAAGUGCGUUCAAGAUUCGCCGCCUCUGAUUCUGCCCCUACGCAAGGCAGCACCCUUGGGGAAAAAACAGCAACUGAGGUACAACGGAGGUAGCAGGUGGGCUCAAUGCAGAGAAAUCCAAGAAACGAAAACCCCCCACUGAUCUCCAGUAGAUUGCCCAGGCUGCAAAUGCUUCUGCCCAAUGGAGUUUUCUUUAGAUGUGAAUUCAGUGUGUUCGAUGAGUUCUUCAAGAAGAUUAAAGGUGAAGCCGACAGGAACUUGGAAUUUCAACAAUCCAUGAGGGAGAUUAAGGAGAAAGCAGAGGACUUGAAAGGGGUGAAUGAGGAUCUGAAAGACACUUCCAAUGUAAGCUCUGAGAUGGUGAAACGGUGAAAUGCAGAACAAAAACAGACUAUUGAGCAGCUAUACAAGCAUGUAGAUGGUGUUUGGUCGCAGGCUCAAGAAAAACAAAAAAGAGUUGGUGGAUAAUAUAUGUUUCACAUAUAUACAGUUGUGGUUCACCCAUAGCCCAGCUCCUUAUCAUGGUUCGACUAAGGACAACGCGCCCAAAUGGAAGGCUUCUGCCAGCACACCCCC